AUGGUGUCGCGGGGGCUGUUCGGCUGGUCCCCGCCGCACGUGCAGCCGCUCACGCCCGUCUCCGAGACCUCCGAGCCGCCGGAGUCGCCCUCGCCCUACGCCGCCGACGCAUUCGGCGUCGGGGACCCGCCCCGCCACCCCGACGGCGCGGGCCCCGAGGACGGCGACGAGGGGGCCGAGGGCGAGGACCCCGAGCCCCCGCCCGCGGCCGUGCCCUUCAAGCGCCUCUUCGCCUGCGCCGACCGCCUCGACUGGGCGCUCAUGGCCGCGGGCGGCGCCGCGGCCGCCGCCCACGGGGUCGCGCUCGUCGUCUACCUCCACCUCUUCGGCCGCGCCAUCAACUCCCUCCACGGCCGCCACACCGAAUCAGGAUGGCACUUUUCCAACCAGACCGUGACGUCCGACAUGCUGGCUCAUGCUUUAUACUUCCUCUAUAUAGCCAUUGGUGUGUUCUUUGCUGGAUGGAUAGAGGUUUCGUGCUGGAUUUUGACUGGGGAAAGGCAGACAGCAGUGAUAAGGUCAAAGUAUGUCCAAGUCUUGUUAAACCAAGACAUGAGUUUCUUUGAUACCUAUGGAAACAAUGGUGAUAUUGUUAGUCAAGUGCUGAGUGAUGUCUUGCUCAUUCAGUCUGCCCUGAGCGAGAAAGUUGGAAACUACAUCCACAAUAUGGCUACAUUUUUUGGUGGACUUGUCAUUGGUUUGGUGAACUGUUGGCAAAUAGCUCUUUUGACAUUGGCUACUGGACCCUUCAUUGUUGCUGCAGGAGGAAUAUCAAACAUAUUUCUCCAUAGGCUGGCAGAAAAUAUUCAGGAUGCGUAUGGCGAGGCAGCAAGCAUUGCUGAACAGGCAAUCUUAUACAUUAGGACUUUGUACUCCUUCACAAAUGAGACCCUGGCAAAGUAUUCUUAUGCUACUUCGCUUCAAGCGACUCUGCGCUAUGGGAUUCUGAUAAGUCUGGUGCAAGGUCUUGGUCUCGGAUUUACAUAUGGGCUCGCCAUAUGUUCCUGUGCCUUACAACUUUGGGUCGGGAGAUUCCUUAUUUUGCAUGGAAGAGCCAAUGGUGGUGAAAUUGUAGUUGCCCUGUUUGCUAUUAUUCUGAGUGGACUUGGACUCAAUCAAGCAGCAACGAACUUCUAUUCCUUCGAGCAAGGGCGUAUAGCUGCAUACAGACUCUAUGAAAUGAUAAGCCGUUCAACUUCUACUGUAAACCAGGAUGGUCGUACCUUAAAUUCAGUACAAGGCAACAUUGAGUUUCGUAAUGUCUACUUCAGUUAUCUCUCCCGCCCAGAAAUCCCCAUCUUAAGUGGCUUCUACCUUACUGUACCUGCUAGAAAGACUGUUGCUCUUGUUGGCAGAAAUGGUUCAGGAAAAAGCAGCAUAAUACCUCUCAUGGAGCGAUUCUAUGACCCAACCUUAGGUGAAGUACUUUUGGAUGGGGAAAAUAUAAAGAACUUGAAGCUAGAGUGGUUAAGAAGCCAAAUAGGACUUGUGACCCAAGAACCAGCAUUGUUGAGCUUGAGCAUUCGGGAAAAUAUCGCGUAUGGAAGAUCUGCUACAACUGACCAGAUUGAGGAGGCAGCCAAAACAGCUCAUGCACAUACUUUCAUCAGUUCGCUAGAAAAAGGAUAUGAAACCCAGGUUGGCCGUGCUGGGCUUUCGCUGACUGAGGAACAAAAGAUAAAGCUCUCCAUUGCUCGUGCUGUGCUCUCAAAUCCAUCAAUUCUUUUGCUGGAUGAGGUUACUGGUGCUCUUGAUUUUGAGGCUGAGAAAGCUGUUCAGGAAGCACUAGAUGUUUUGAUGCUCGGGAGGUCUACUAUCAUUAUAGCCAGACGUCUCAGCCUUAUCAGGAAUGCUGAUUAUAUAGCAGUUAUGGAGGAAGGCCAACUUGUUGAGAUGGGGACACACGAAGAAUUGUUAAAUCUUGAUGGUCUUUAUGCUGAACUUCUUAAGUGUGAAGAAGCAGCAAAACUUCCGAAGAGGACACCUAUGAGAAACUACAAAGAGCCCAGCUCCUUCCAAAUUGAACGGGAUUCGUCAGCAAGUCACAGCUUCCAGGAGUCAUCUUCUCCUAUCAUGUCAAAAUCACCUUCACUUCAGAAAACACAUGGUUUUCUUGCAUUUCGAAAUUCUGAUGCUAACCCUAACUCACGUGAGUCGCCAAACAUUCAGAGUCCUCCUUCAGAGCAAAUGGCAGAAAUCAGACUACCAAUGGUUCCUUCUGAGAGAGCUCCAUCCAUCAAAAGGCAGGAUAGUUUUGAAAUGAAAUUGCCUGAUCUUCCCAAAAUCGAUGUCCCCCUACAUCGACAGUCUUCAAAUACUUCAGAUCCAGAAUCACCAAUAUCACCAUUAUUGACUUCUGAUCCAAAAAAUGAGCGUUCCCACUCGAAAACUUUCAGCCGAACUCUUGAUAUGUUUGAUAAUUUUCGUUCUGAUCCAUCAAAGAAGCAUCAAAUGAAGGCUCCAUCAUUUUGGAAGCUUGCUGAGCUUAGCCUCACAGAGUAUUUUUAUGCUCUGCUGGGGAGUGCUGGUGCUGCCUGCUUUGGUUCAUUUAAUCCUCUUCUUGCUUAUACGAUAUCCUUAAUACUGGUGGCAUACUACAGAAUAGGUGUCCGCGAUGUACAUGAUGAAGUGAACAAGUACUGCUCAUUCAUUGUUGGCAUGGGUAUAAUUACUGUGCUGGCUAACUUCUUGCAACACUUCUAUUUUGGUAUAAUGGGAGAGAAAAUGACUGAGCGUGUAAGAAGGAUGAUGUUUUCAGCAAUUCUACGCAAUGAAGUCGGAUGGUUUGAUGAUGAGGAGAACAGUGCGGACAUUUUGUCAAUGCGACUUGCAAAUGAUGCAACCUUUGUUCGUGCUGCUUUCAGCAACAGGCUUUCUAUAUUCAUCCAAGAUACAUCAGCUAUUUUUGUGGCACUUCUUCUUGGUAUGCUGCUAGAAUGGCGGGUUGCUCUUGUUGCACUCGCAACCUUGCCUAUCCUUGUGAUUUCUGCAGUCGCACAGAAAAUGUGGCUUUCUGGCUUUUCUAGAGGAAUUCAGGAGAUGCACAGGAAAGCUUCUUUAGUUCUUGAAGAUGCAGUCAGGAAUAUCUAUACUGUGGUGGCAUUCUGUGCUGGUAACAAAAUAAUGGAGCUUUACAGAUUGCAGCUUGGAAGUAUUCUCACAAAAAGCUUUGUUCAUGGGAUGGGCAUUGGCUUUGCCUUUGGCUUCUCUCAGUUCCUUCUUUUCGCCUGCAAUGCGCUUCUGCUGUGGUAUACAGCCGUAGCUGUGAAGGCUGGGCAUCUCAGCCUGCUAACAGCACUCAAAGAGUACAUCGUCUUCUCUUUUGCGACCUUUGCACUGGUGGAGCCAUUUGGCCUUGCGCCAUACAUCCUCAAGCGUCGGAAAUCCCUCACCUCAGUCUUUGAAAUUAUUGACCGAGUACCCAAGAUUGAUCCAGAUGAUGCCAGUGGCCUGAAACCGCCUAAUGUGUACGGGAGCAUUGAGUUCAGGAGUAUUGAUUUUUGCUACCCAACUCGACCAGAGAUGAUGGUUUUGAGUAAUUUCAGCCUUAAAGUCAAUGGAGGACAGACUAUCGCUGUGGUGGGUGUAUCUGGGUCAGGGAAGAGCACGAUAAUUUCCUUGAUCGAGAGGUUCUAUGACCCUACUGCUGGCCAAGUUUUGCUGGAUGGCCGUGAUCUGAAGUUGUUCAACGUGAGAUGGCUGCGGAGCCACAUGGGGCUGGUUCCUCAGGAUCCUGUCAUAUUCUCCACAACCAUAAGAGAGAACAUCAUAUACGCAAGACACAACGCUACAGAAUCCGAGAUGAAGGAGGCUGCCAGGAUAGCAAACGCCCACCAUUUCAUCAGCAGCCUGCCUCACGGCUACGACACGCACGUGGGAAUGCGUGGAGUGGACCUGACGCCUGGGCAGAAGCAGCGGAUCGCCAUCGCCCGUGUGGUGCUGAAGAACGCGCCCAUUGUGCUGCUCGACGAAGCCAGCUCCGCCAUCGAGUCCGAGUCCAGCAGGGUGGUGCAGGAGGCGCUUGACACGUUGAUCAUGGGGAACAAGACGACGAUCCUUAUCGCGCACAGGGCGGCCAUGAUGAAGCACGUGGACAACAUUGUGGUGCUGAACGGUGGCAAGAUCGUGGAGCAAGGGACGCACGACUCGCUGGUGCAGAUGAAUGGAUUGUACAUCAAGCUGAUGCAGCCUCACUUCACCAAGGGGUUCCGGCAGCGUAGGUUGAUAUAG